CAUCUGGAACACGACAAAGGGACAGAGAGCGAGCAAACGAACGAAAGAGAGAGAAUUAGAGAGAGAUUGAAGUGGGCGAUUUUUUGAUCUACUCCAUAACCAGCUCGAUCUGUUCCUCCGAAGUUUGAAUUUAUAGUUGAUCGAACCUAAUUUACGUUACAAUCUCGAGAUGGGUUUUAUGGUGACAACGCUUAUCUUUGUGGUGAUUGGAAUCAUUGCGUCUCUUUGUACCAGAAUUUGCUGCAACAGAGGACCCUCUGCCAAUUUGUUCCAUCUAACAUUGGUUGUUACAGCAACAGUAUGCUGUUGGAUGAUGUGGGCGAUUGUAUACCUUGCCCAGAUGAAACCACUCAUAGUCCCUAUUCUGAGCGAAGGUGAAUGAAAUCCUUUGUGGAGAAGUGUAGUAUUGAAAUUCUUUACGGAGAAGCAUAAUAUAUUGUUGGUAAUCCAGAGGUAUCUGUUGUGGAGGCCCCGGGAAUAUAUCUGUUUUCU